GCUGCUGCUGUUCCUGCUCCUGCUGCCGCCGCCGCCGCUGCUGGCCGGCGCCACCGCCGCCGCCUCGCGGGAGCCCGACAGCCCCUGCCGGCUCAAGACCGUCACGGUGUCCACACUGCCCGCCCUGCGGGAGAGCGACAUCGGCUGGAGCGGAGCCCGGGCCGGGGCCGGGACUGGGACCGGGGCUGGAGCCGCCGCCGCCGCGUCUCCGGGCUCCGCCGGCUCCGCGGGCGCCACCGCCGAGUCGCGCCUCCUGCUCUUUGUGCGUAAUGAGCUGCCGGGGCGCAUCGCGGUGCAGGACGAUCUGGACAACACCGAGCUGCCCUUCUUCACUCUGGAGAUGUCGGGCACGGCAGCUGAUAUCUCGCUGGUGCACUGGAGACAGCAGUGGCUGGAGAACGGCACCUUGUACUUCCAUGUCUCCAUGAGCAGCUCUGGGCAGCUGGCCCGGGCCACCGCCCCCACUCUCCAGGAGCCCUCGGAGAUUGUAGAGGAGCAGAUGCACAUUCUCCACAUUUCCGUGAUGGGUGGCCUCAUUGCUCUGCUGCUGCUGCUGCUGGCGUUCACUGUGGCGCUGUACGCCCAGCGGCGCUGGCAGAAGCGCCGUCGCAUCCCCCAGAAGAGCGCCAGCACGGAAGCCACUCACGAGAUCCACUACAUCCCCUCGGUGCUGCUGGGUCCCCAGGCCCGGGAAAGCUUCCGCUCCUCCAGGCUGCAGGCCCACAAUUCGGUCAUCGGCGUGCCCAUCCGGGAGACCCCCAUCCUGGACGACUAUGAUUAUGAAGAGGAUGAGGACCCACCCCGGCGGGCCAACCAUGUCUCCCGGGAGGAUGAGUUUGGCAGCCAGGCGACCCACACCCUGGACAGCCUGGGAAGGCCAGGGGAAGAGAAAGGGGACUUUGAGAAGAAAG